AUGGCUAACACAAGUAAUAGUACAGUAGGUUAUGAAGGAUCAGAUUUCAAAAUAAAUUCAUCACUCGUAAUCGCACUUGUCGUGAUUACAAUUUCAGUAUUAGUAAUCGGUGUGACCGUUAUCGUAUUUUUCAUUUUACGUCGUCAAAAUGAGUCAACAGACUUAAAAACUCGAGGUUUUAGACCUACAGAUGUGCAUACACAUAAAAAACGAGAUUCAGCUGGAGAAAUAUUUAAUAUUGGAGAAAAAGAAGAAACAUUUGAAGAAUCAUUUUCAGAAGGAGCAGUCGGUCAUCAUCAACAACUUUCUAGUGGAAGGUCUAUGCCGGUCAGAUCACAAACCAUAUACGGAACUCAACCACCAUCAACAUCUACGAUUGAUUUGCAAGCUGAUUGGAUGCUUGAACAUGCAGCACUAGUUUCUUUAAAUCCACCACUUGGGUUAUUUUGA